AUGUCUGACUUCAACUUACUCGCUUUUUUAACUCUCAAUUCUACUUUUCCAAUAUCUAAUCCUAUGUCUUUAGAAGUUCUCGAUCCUGUUUUUUCAGAAAUUUCUGAUUCUGUUUCUUCAAUUUUGGAUUUUCCAAAAGAAAACCUUCAUGAAAGUUACUUAGAAAAUGAUCUUAUCGAUAAUGUUAUUAAAAACAAUUCAAAAAAAAGAUCAUCACCCAUUCAUGAUUAUCUAGAGGUUAUUAUGGCACUUAGCAAGGAACUUAAAGAACCAAAUUGGUUCUGA